GACUUCUUAGUUAUUAUUUUGCUUCAACACCACGGGGGACAUGUGGAUUAAACCCAGACCGGAAGUGUUAGCAUCGCGAUACCGUUGACAUUAGUUAGCUUUCCCACUGUGCUAGUUUCGUGCUAAUGUUUUCGCCGGUUGCGCAUUGAACGUUUUCGAGCCGAAGAUCUUGACGGCAACUAAACUAGACGGUGACAGCUUCACCUGGUGGUGGAGGUGACCACGAUCUUGAAACUCCUUCCCCUAACAUCGCUAACGAGUGCUCAGGAAGCUAACUAGCAGCUGUAGCAAACAGCCAAAGUUUGAUGGACAAGAGUGGGGUCGAUUACUGGAGCAUCCGGGGACUUUAAGGAACAAACCCAUUGACCCCAAGACGGAAGUGGCAGUUGCAAAGAUGUUCAGGGGCCCUCAAAUCCUGACAUGGUCGUGUCCCACAAGGUCAUUGCUGCGGUUGAGAACGCCCCGCCUGAGCCACGUGACGGCGACCCCUGCGAGAGGCAGGAGCGAUGAGGGGUCACCGCCGUCCGAAGAGAAUGUGUCCCGUUCAGUGCAGCCGUCUCCGUUCAGCUCGGACCGUGAUGGUCACCGUCACCCGAGAGAGACUUCAUCUCAGAAUCCCGUGUCCAAAGCCGCUCUCUCCAGCCGUCAACACCACGCCCCUUGGGUUUCUACCUCUAAACAGGCCAAACAUUUUUCCGAUCCUUGGAAAUGCACUGUAGGGGAGGAUUCAGGUCUAACCCGUCAAGCUGUGAGCACAAACCAUGACUGCUUGACCAGCACAACUUGCCUUCAGGCCUGGAGACGCUUCAGGGACUUUUGCCACGUUUCGCUCGGCGUCGCCACUAAGACUCGGUGUAACCUUCUCCAGAGCCAUUUCUGUUACAGACACCACUUUGCCAGACAUUUCAGCACGUCACAGAUCUCAAACCACGUUCACGGCAGACCAAGAGCCACUGGCCACUUUUUUCAGCAAACGAGAGGAAUUCAACAGGCGUCCCCUCGCGUGGCAGAUGCCUGGAGAGACUGUCUCUCCCCGGAGAAUGAAAACCGGUGUCGGCAGAUCCUGAGACCCAACCUGAAGCUCUACGACUCCGUGAGGGCGGCGAGCAAAGGAGGGGGCCAGCGGAGGCACGCGUCCGUCCUGGUCUCGCUCUGCUCGGUCGAGGGACAGCCGGCGUUACUCUUCACCCUGCGCUCCACAAUGUUGGGCAGGAACAAGGGUGAUGUCAGCUUUGCAGGGGGGAAGAAUGAUCCGUCCGACAGAGACGUGGUGGCCACGGCGCUGAGGGAAACUCGGGAGGAGCUGGGUGUCAACGUGGCAGAAGACCAGGUCUGGGGCGUCCUGAAGCCUCUCAGGGACAUGUCAGGGAUGUUGAUAGCUCCUGUGCUGGCGAACCUCGGGCCCCUGGAAGAGUUGUCCUUCACACCAAACCCUGGAGAGGUGGAGGAGGUCUUCACUUUGUCCUUCUCCCACUUGUGCAAUCCUCAGAACUGUGGCUACACACACUUCCGCACCGGCGACAAGUAUGGAUACACGCUCCCAGUGUUUCAUAACGGAAAGCAUCGAGUUUGGGGAUUGACUGCCGUUGCUUUAGACCAAACACUGAAACUCAUUGUUCCUCCAUAGCAGCUCAGUCACUGUUACUUUACAGUUCAGACGUCUAACGCACACCUAUCAUGUGAUUUAAAGAUGUGAUUAUGAGAAACGUGCAAUGAAGCUUUGUGUAGCAAAAAUCAUGUCUAGAAUCAUUGUGAAUAUCGGAAUGUUUUCAUUUUGAAGUAAUGUGAAAUGUGUUGUCCAUGGUUCAAACCUCUUCUGAAUUUAGAUGCCUCCAUAUUUGAUAACCACAGACCAGUGUCCAAUCUACCAUUUUUUAAGUAUCAUUUUAGUGAAUCUUGUUUUUACUCUGAAAUGAGUUAAUGAGCAUUCAUAAGCAUAUUGCAACACAACAUCUGGCUUUCGGACCAAUCGCAGUCCUGAAACUUAUGCUUUUGAAGCAGUAGACCACUCAUAUUAUUCUGGACAGACUCUGUGGCCUGAUUGGCCUCUCUGGUGCUGUUUCUAAUUGGUUCAUGACAGAGGAGUCUUUCUAAGUAUGGAUGACUGUUUGUCUAAUGGUGCGUUCACGCCAUACGCAACACCAAUUUCCGCGUCACUUUAUCCGCACGAGUACCUGAGUUUGGUCGCUUGUGCUUAUUUGUGCGAAUAAAGCAAAUAUUUGCCUGUUCCUUCUUCCACUUCCUCCCACAAACCAGCUCUGAACAAAGGCAGCCACCAAUGCCUAUAGGAAAGCUACACAAAAUGUUUGUGCUAACUGGGGCUAAAGCUAGUGUCAAACUUCCCUGCUCACUUUCUGCCAAGACCUCUCCUUCUUCGCCCGGUGACGAUACAUAUAGCAACUCGUGUCGGGGUGCCCACACACAGUAACAACAUUAAUCCUCCUUUUCUGAUACAAUGACGGGAUGUCUGACGACAGUGACGGAGGUUUGGAUCUCAAUGCUAAUUUGCUAAAGCAAAUAUUUCGCUCGAGUUCAAAUGUUUUGACUGAAGCGACUCACACCUUUUGGCCUUUUUAAUUUUAUCCCAAAGUCAGAACAAAGACAAAGACAGAAAACUCCACAGUGAAGUAUCUUUUCAUAACAUUGGUCCACAUCUAUCGUAGACCCGAGAGGAGCAGAUGAUGACCAGAUAUGAUGUUUUAAAGCAAACCUCAAUACCUACUUUAACAGUCUGGCUUUUAAUUGAAUUGUAUUUAUUAUUAUUUAUUUUAGUGUAUUUUAUAUACAUCUUUGAAUGUUUUACUGGUAUUUCAUUUUAUUCCUUUUUUAGUUUUCCUAUCAGUAUUACUAUUCAGUAGCCUGAACUUUUAUCUCUACAGUUUGACAUAAUUUUAUUUCAGUCUUUUUCUCAAGAAAGGAAAAAGACUGACCCAUCUUACCCCCCGUUGAAGCAGCUGUAGCAAGAGUUCAUGACUUCAUUCAACUCAUGUCUGUUUUUUUCUUCUAUUGUUUGUCACAAUGUCACAUCUGGACUGUCAAUAACACUGAAAUAAUAUAGGCACAUCAUAAUGUGUUGUGUUGGACAACAAUGCAAUAAAGGUAUCCUGUCUAUUCUGAGGCCA